AUGUCAGACGUGGCAGUGGACACCAGCUCCGAGAUCACCACCAAGGACUUGAAGGAGAAGAAGGAAGCCGGGGAGGAGGCAGAGAAUGGAGGAGAUGCGCCUGCCCAUGGGAACGCUCGAAAUGAGGGAAAUGGGGAGCAGGAGGCUGACAAUGAGGUAGAUGAAGAAGAGGAAGCAGGUGGGGAGGAAGAGGAGGAGGAAGAAUGUGAUGGUGAGGCAGAGGGUGGUGGUGGAGAUGAAGAUGAGGAAGCCGAGGCUCCUACGGGCAAGCUACGGGCAAGCUACUAUGGGCAAGCGGGUAGCUGA